AUGUCCAACGAAGAAGGCCACACGUCACCAGAGCGAAACGAGGCGCCCGCCGGCUCAGAACACCUGAAUCUUAAGGUCACUGACAAUAACAACGAGGUGUUCUUCAAGAUUAAACGCAGUACUAAGCUUGAGAAACUCAUGAACGCCUUUUGUGAGCGCCAGGGCAAGAGCCCCUCUUCUGUGAGAUUCUUGUUUGAAGGCUCGCGGUGCCAGCCUACUGACACGCCUGAUACUCUUGAAAUGCAAGACGGCGAUACCCUCGAAGUCCAUCAAGAGCAAGUGGGCGGCUCGAUUUAA